GGAACAGUGCGACUCAAACGAAGAAGAGGGAGGUAGCGGGUGCCUGGGGUACCUGCUUCUUAGCUGUUGGUGUAAUUUCGGUCCAAUUUACAGGAUGGCACAGUGGGGUGCCAUAUUCUCCAUAAUUGCUGCUCUUGGAGGAGCAGCACUUUUAGCCUCUGUACACAAGAUCGAUGAAGGACACACUGGAGUUUACUACAGGGGAGGGGCUCUGCUGACCACCACCAGUGGCCCUGGUUUCCAUCUUAUGCUUCCGUUCAUCACCACCUACAAGUCUGUUCAGACGACGCUGCAGACAGAUGAGGUGAAGAAUGUACCAUGUGGCACAAGUGGUGGAGUGAUGAUUUACUUUGACCGCAUAGAAGUGGUGAAUUAUCUCAUUCCAUCAGCAGUGUACGACAUAGUGAGGAACUUCACAGCAGACUACGAUAAAGCUUUGAUAUUCAACAAAGUUCACCACGAGCUCAACCAGUUCUGCAGUGUUCACUCACUGCAGGAGGUUUACAUCGGCUUGUUUGACCAAAUUGAUGAAAACCUGAAGUUGACGCUACAAGAGGAUCUAACAUCCAUGGCACCUGGACUUGUCAUACAGGCAGUCCGUGUGACUAAACCCAACAUCCCAGAGAGCAUUCGCCGGAACUACGAGCUCAUGGAGAGCGAGAAGACGAAGCUGCUGAUCUCUCAACAGACUCAGAAGGUUGUGGAGAAGGAGGCAGAGACGGAAAGGAUCAAGGCUGUGAUAGAGGCUGAGAAAGUGGCACAAGUGGCCGAGAUCAAGUUUGGACAGAAAGUCAUGGAGAAGGAAACCGAAAAAAAGAUCUCUGAAAUCGAAGAUGGCGCCUUCCUGGCCCGGCAGAAGGCCAAGGCAGAUGCAGAGUUUUAUACAUCACAGAGAGCUGCUGAGGCCAAUAAGCUGAAGCUAACACCAGAGUACCUGCAGCUAAUGAAGUACAAGGCCAUCGCAGCCAACAGCAAAAUCUACUUUGGGAAUGACAUACCCCAGAUGUUUGUGGACUCUGGCUCUGCAGGGAGCUCCAUCAAAGCCUCUGCAGCCAUGGACAUUUUGGGUGAGCAUAUCCUGGACCUGGAUUAAGUAGUGGCACCCACGGGACCACCCAGGAGUGGAGGACUAUCUGCUGGAGAGCAGUAUCCUGGCCCACAGGCUGGCUAGCUGACUGGCAGGUUCUCCCUCUUGCUCAGAGAAGCUUUGCUGACCGGGGCCUGUAUUUCUCAAACAUCUCAGAAUCACUGCUAGAAACCACAUUGAAAGUUUGACUAGGAAAUGAAAAAGUUCUACCUCAGAGCAGAGGAGCUGAGUUAUUUUUGAGGCUUCCUGUUCUGCUGCCUGUUCUCACAGAGAAUGCUAUCAUUUAGGCUCAGAACCAAUUAAGUGAAGGAAAAAUUAGAUUAAAUAGCAUCUCCUGUGGGUGUACGAUAAGCUCCUUGAAAACUGACAUUUAGCCUAAACAGUAGUUUAAAGGAAUUAGCCCUGCUGCUGCUCAGCUUUUACCGUCUGUGUGGGAACUAUACCCAGUCAUAGCUUCACAGAUCACAAAUCCAUUACUGCGUAUGUUUAUGCAGUGUUAUCCCUUCAUGUGCCAUGUGUCCAAAAUGAGCAUUUGAAGCAGCGAUAACCGAAACCCGCUGUUCUGAAGAAUAAAAGGCAAAAAAAAAGUUUUCUAAUCACUUUCAGUGGCAGGGUAAUUAAUUAUUAUUCACCUUAAUUCAGCUUUUGGUGCAAUGAAUUCAGUCACAGUUGUGAGCAGCCCAUGGUUAUCAUGGUUAGUUUAGCUGCAUUGUCCUUGUUACAUGAACUGAUCAUUGGCUAAGCCUCACCCCUCUCCUUUCUCACACGGCUGUGCAGUUUACAAUGACAGCAACUUUUAAUGUUGCCAACUAACCCCCCCCCCCC